UUUUUUGACAGAAUUUUAUAAAAUCUAAAAGGUUCAUUUUUCAAUUAACUCUCAUAACAACUGUUAGAAAAGGAAGUGAGUUAUUUCCCUUUCAUUUCAUUCAAAACCAAAAGAGGAAGUAAACAUAGUAAAAUUUCCACUAAUCUUGUCAAACGGAAAAAAAACAAGUUUCAAUUGAUUAUUUCUAUGAAAUACUUAUAAAUCCAAGUUUUAAAAAUGUUUCAAGAACCUGACUACAGAGAAAACUUAUCCUUGAUGUUAUCAGAGGUUUUACAUGACAUUGGUGUCAAUGAAAGAAUAGUGAUGAGUAGGAGAAGAGGAAACAUGCUGAGAGAGAUUAUGAGUAAUAUCCAAAAUAGGUUAUCUGGUCUAAAUGUAACUAGCUAUAAUCUAGGGAGUCAAAGUGAAGGUACAACUACUAUUGGACUUCAUUCAGACAUUGAUAUACUAGUAUGUUUUCAUGAUUGCAAUAUAAUACAAGAAUGGUCAGAGUGGGAACCUGACAAGUUAAACUACCUCAUGAUACAUGAUGAGAACACUACUCCCGGGUAUUGUUUCUUACAACUACUCAGAGAUGAUGAACCUCUUCCUGCAACUGUCAUUCCUGAUGAACACCAUAUUACUGAUAGAAGAGGAAGAAUAUUGUAUAAAAACACAAUGAUUAAUGAUUUGCUUCAAGGUGCUGAUCAGAAGCAUGGACCAUCUAUUGCUGAACAAGGACAACCUGGAUUAUGUGAUAGAGACAGAGUGAGUGCUUUACCCUGUAAAUCAUGGCCUCAAUCAGCAUCAGGUUGGUUACAAAUACAGGGUAUUAGCAGAUGGCCAACACAAGAGAUGAGAAGAUAUGCAGCAAGUAAUGGGUGUUUUGUUGUUCCAACUGGAAGUAAGGUUAGUGAAUAUCCUGAAUUGGAAUGGAGAAUAUCAACAACAUUGGCAGAAAGAUGCCUUAUGUUCAAUCAAAAUAUAACACAAAUAAGGUGCUAUGUACUAUUGAAAAUGAUUCUUAAGUCAUUCCUUAAUCCUCAAGAUGAAAUUAACAUAUCAAGUUUCAUGUGCAAAACAGUUUUAUUACAUUGUAUAGAAAAUACAGAGUCACAAAUAUGGAAAGAUAACAAUUUAUAUACAUGUUUAACAUACUGCUUAUUGGAAUUACAAAAUUGUGUACAUAAUGACUGUUGUUCGCAUUUCAUUACAACGGAAAACAAUUUGAUGGCAGGGCAGUUUACAGCUGAGACAAAACAUGAACUUUCAAAAAAUAUUUGUGAUUUUAUACAGAAUGAUAGACAAUGGUUACUAAGUAUUGAUAUUGAUGAUGUUGGUCAUAGACUUCAAGUUAAACUGAACAGGGUACCACAUAGAAUUUACUAUUUUCCUUCUUCCCUUGUAAUAUAUGAAAAUGUUAAAACGUUGGCAUAUAUAAACAUUGCAAAUGACGUAAGUUAUCAGCAUAUGCUUAUUUUAAAUUUUUUACUCAAUAAAAACAUUAGAACAAUAAAACAAUCUAUAGGUAAAGUAAUGACCUUCUGUGACAAUGGUACUAGAUUAGAACAUGCUGCAUUCAAGCUUCUAGCACCUUUCAUUUUUACCACAUACGGAUCUAUCCUAGCAUCAUCCAGCAUUGGUGAAAAUAAUCAAGUGUCACCUCAAGCAUUAGUCUGGCUAUCAGCUGGUUUAAACUCAGAUAUCUCAUCUAGCAGACUUAAACUGGCGUCAGUGUUUUACAGUACAGGAGAUAUGGAGAAAGCUGACCUAAUUCUGAGACACACCGAACAACAAUAUUACUCCUAUCCUGUUUUACCUAUCUGUUACUGCCAUCAUCAACUCCCAGAAGCAGUAACAGCAGAAUUCAAGAGGUUAUGUAAUGAACAAAGUGAGGACUGUAUCAAACAUAUUACAGCUUUUUGUGUUAGAUUUAUACAGAAAGAGAUCAACUGUGUUCCUAAAGAACUGCAAUAUGAAAUGUUCACACAUAAGUAUGAAGACUGUUGGAUGGACUGGGCUGUAGUUGAUUCUCUACCUUUCUUAUACUUCCUACAAUACAAAAUCAAUCGUCAUCUACAAAGACAUCAAGACCAACAACAAGCACUUUGUAAACUCAUAAGAACCUUAGAAACAGAUAAAAACCUCAAACAUAGAGAAACAGCUCUCAACAUUUUAGGACAAUGUAUGGAACAAGAAAACAGACCUCAAGCAGCAUUAAAAUGCUACAUGCUUUCUCUACAACAAAGGGCAAGAAACAAUGCAGCAAACUACCAUAUAUGUAAGCUCCUUUCUGGCUUACUGGUUUGCUAAUAAAAUGGGAUCCAAAAAAUUAUGAAGACUAGUUUUCAAUGAUAGCAAACAAAUUAAAAUGUCAAAAUAUAGGCCUGCCAUUACAUUUUGUAUCACAUACUAUUUUGAAAUACCAUUAAACAUGUGACAUUGAAAGAAUGAUUCCAACUUCAUUGACUUUGAAUAUGUGACUUUACAUUUGAGACUUAAGAGCCUCAAGUGAAGAUGACAAUAUUGCUUAAGUUAUGCAAAUGCAUUUUUGUAAAUAUUAAAUCUUAUUUUAUAAGAUGAAGUUUUUUCCAAGUUUCUU